UGCUUCCCUAUCCUCCCUCUCCCCCACCCCCCUCUCCCCUAAGGGAGCACUUCAUAUCGUCUUUCUUGUGCUUGAAGAUGGGGACAAUACUGCUCCUCCACUGCAUCAAAAGCUUCCUCUCAGCUCUAGUUUUCAGGAGUUGGGCCUGCUACCGAAUCACGGCUCCUCGAGAGUUUUAGAAACUCUAUUUUUAUUUCAGGAGUGUGUAUACUGCGGGAUAUCCUUCUUCGAUAAGGCAAUGCACUUUUUGCAUAGAAGACUGCACGCAGAAAACAGUUCCUGGAUAUGCAAUUUCUGCGGAACGCACUGUGAAGAGAAAUAUAUGUUCAACGCUCAUGUAUUCUUUGCAAAUCACUCAGCUUAUCGAGCCUCUCCCGUGCAACAGCGCUGGUACUACUUCUGA